GUAUCCUGCAAUACGAUACUGAACAAAAUGGCUCGUUUAGUCACAUUAUUUGUCUUAGUUCUAGCUAUAGUUUCUAGUGUCUUUGCCCUGUCAGGCCAGAAGCACUACAGUGGAUCGGCGCACGCAUCAGACGGCAGUAUCGGAGUCGGCAGUGUCAGUGGAGGUGAGUUCGGUGCUGGUGCCUUCAGCAUCGGCCACGGCGGCAGCAGCUCCGGCUAUGGCACCGGCGGUCAGGGAGGCAGCCACGGUAGCAACCACUACGGCCGGUGAACUUGUCCCAACAGACCACAGAGUAGUAAACAACUAAAUUUUGUCGACCAUCGUGCGGAAUAGUGCAAUAUAAAUAAAUAUUUUUUAUGUUUUAUAA